CCCGCCCGGUCCCCGCGCUGGGGCGGGCGGAGGUGGCGGCCCCGCCGGGCAGGAGCGCGGAGCGGCGGUCGCAGGUGGGUGCCGGGGCCGGGCGGGGGGAGCCCCCCGGGCCUCCUCCCUCCCUCUCGCUCCGAAGAGGAGCAGGAACCCGCCGGGAGGGCCGGGGGCAGCGGCGGAGCCCGGCCGGGAGCGCCUUGGACGGGGAGCGGGAGGCGCCGGCAGCCGCGGGUCSCUCAUGGCAGGAUGGGGGCUGUGCCCGCACGGCCCAGGACAGGUUCCCUCCUCUCCCUUUCUGCAGCGUCCAGUACUCGAAGACGAAGCAUGCUGGAAUUAAUUCGCACUGCAAAGACGGAUCAGGUUUUAGAGGAUGCACUUGAGCAGAUGAAGAGUGAAGCAGCCAGCCCAGAGAUGAAGCACUGUGCCCUGUGAUACUUAUUUUUGUUGUUUCCACCACUGGAGGAUGGCUGCCAAACUCGAUGAAAACGGCUCUGGUCAGCACCACUGYACCCACAUCAGCCAACCUCUUGAAAUCAGCUACAUGUUGGUCCUGAUAAUGCUYGGAAAAGUCUCCCUUAAUUUCUUCAUGUUGCAAAUUAGGCCAAAACCUGUGAAAGUCAGUUUUAUGGGAUGUUUUUGCAUUUCAGUGGCACUUCUCGAUUUCACACUCCUGCUGAGUCUCUGUUUCAUUUUCUAUUUUGAGGAUUUUGCRCUCUGGGGCGUGAGAUUCACAAAGUACCACAUCUGCCUCUUCACUCAGAUUGCUUCUCUGACCUAUGGGAUUUUGCACUACCCAGUGUAUCUUGUGGCUGCUCUGGAUUAUUACACCACCGUCUCCCAAACAUCCCAACUCCCUAAAAGAGGGCAGAAGUUACUUUAUGUAUUUGCUGUGGUGGUUAUAUGGAUUUCAGGGUUUUUUUGCACUCUCAAAGCUCCCGCUGUGUCUGAAGAGCUGGAAAUCCAGAACUGUGUUUCCCCUUACCAGUGCCUUGUCUCUGGCAGCCUGCAGAGUUACUCAGUGUCCUGUGCCAUGGUGCUGCUGCUGGGCAUGGCACUCCUGGCUCGCUGGAAGGAGGUGACAACCAUGCUGCUCUCUGCCAGGCUCUUCUCCUUUUCCAGCCAGCCUGCUCUGAUGUUCUCCUACGUCCCUAACAACAGCAACACUUGCUUUAAGUGGCAGCUCCUGACCAGGCUCCUCCUGUGUUUCCUUGGCACUUGGGCACCGUUUGUGGUUCUCCAGGUGGUGGUUCUGUUCCUGGGUGUACAGAUCCCGGCCUACGUGGAGAUGAACGUGCCCUGGCUGUACUUCAUCAACAGCUUUCUCCUGGCAGCAGCCUAUUGGUGUCGGUGCCACGACGUGGAGUUGACAGAGGUGUGGUGCACAGACCCAUUUGUCAGCUGGAAAUUCUGCUUUAUGCCAUUCAACAAUGAAAGCACAGAGCCAGCUGAUAAAUCARGCGGAGGAAUUGUCAUCUGUUAAUGAGCUGCCGACUUAACAGGCUGCAAAUAAGCAGAACUCGGAUGUUCUGUGGCUGGAUCCUCACAGACAACACAAGGAAACAUCUCCAGAGCUUUGCUCCAUGGAAGAAGGUUCAGUGUCCAGCAAUAGUGYAGUGACUAUUGCACUGGAGUGCAGGACACACAGUCCCAGUGCGCAGCAAGCACUGCCAGUCCAGGGAUUCAACUUCAAAUGACAUCUUUAAAAGACCACUGCUUACGUAGGACAAGUUUUCAGUUAGGCCUCGUGUUCAUGACAGAAUUUUACACUUCCUUUAAAUGGAAYGAUCUCAGGUUUUCCAGUACAAAAUGCAAUAAAGUUCUUCUAAACUGGAGUWAUGUACAGGUGCUGACCUAAGUUUCAAAUGACUUUUUGGAAUGUAUUUUGCUGUUAAAGUGCAUUUGUCAGCUUGAGCGAAGGUAAGAGCUGCUGUCUGUUCAAGAAGCAAUAACUUGUUUCAAGUUAAUUUGAUAUUACAACUCCUACAGAAAAAGAAACUUUGUUCACAUAGUAGAAAACMAGUGCAAGGUGUGCAACUUCCACAGCAGCAGAAGUGCUGUUUCAUUGUUYCUGUGCUGCUGCUCCUCCAAGGUAUAUGUACAUAUUAAACAUUAAAUAAUUAGAGCAACAAGCAACAAGGUUAGCUGCUACGCAUAAAAAGAUGCCCAAGGUUAAAGAAUGACUUAAAUUAAAAUACAGUUUAUUUUGAAUCCCAAAUUACUUUAUAAUAGUUAAAUAUGAAGUGGGUCUAUUUUAGCAGGAAAGAAUUAGGCUUAUAGAAAAAACACUCUUAAUUUUCAAAUUCUUACAAUUUUAUAAUGGACUUGAUUUGAUUUUGUACAAGAGAAAUAAACAAUACACAACCAAAGAAGAGAAAUGAAAUUAGCAUUUAUUUCUGAAGCACUAAACUCACAAUACAAUGUUGUAUUGAAAGAGAAACUAAGUAAAUGAUGCUGUAGGUUGGUUAAUCGUCCCCCAGACCCACAGGGAACAAUGAUUUCACACAAGAUACUCAUUAGGAAAACUCGGCAGAUAACAAAAGGUGCAAUUACAAGCAAGAUUAAGCAGCAUAGUAUAAGGUGCUUUGUUUCAGCAUUUGUAGGAUGGAUUUACCCAUUAACAGACAGAUCGAAGAAAUUUCACUUCUACAGAUCAUAACAAAUGAGAGAAUCUAAAAUUCAUUCACAUGCUAGUUGGUAAUAGGAAAGUGCUUCUUUAAAAAAUGACUCACAAAGUGAAGAUCAUCCUUUUACAUAGUUCACUGUGUGCUCUUCAACUGUAAAAUUUAAAUUUUGGGUAAUAAUUUACAUCAUUAUAUAUCAAUUAUAGAGAUAGAUUUAAUUGCAGAAUUUAACACUACAUGGGUUAAAAUUUCUUAUAAAAGAAUAUUCCAGUAUUUCACUCCRUAAGAAUAUACAAUCACAUCUCAAUCAUAAAUUAAUCUUUGAUUUCUGAAACAUAUCAAAAUUUGAUUCUUUUGAUUACUUCACCCCAUAUAGUGCUUCUUUCACCCACAGUCUAUGCUAAAUUUCUUUGAGGUUUCUGUGAUAUAAUUAAAGGGGACAAGCAUUUUUUCAGCAGUAGAAAUGGUUUGGGGGAAAAUCUGUUAAAAAGGCCAUCAAAAGGACAGUAAAUGAUUGAAAACAGAAAUUUAAAGCUAGUGCAAUAAGAGGAGGCAAUGCUUAGCAACAUAGUUUGAAAUGUUUGGCACCACAAAUUAUUUCAUUUUUUAUGCUGGAAAAUGUACUUGGAGGAAAUUGUAUUUCCAUGUUAAAAGUAGCAAAGCACGUGCAAUGUUAACUGGAAAAACAACCCUAAGGAAUCACUCCCUGCUCUCUCAWACUGUAAUUGCUGUUAGUGCUGGAAAUGCUAUAGGAUAAACCAUGGCUAAACACAGGGGUUUGACACAGUAUUUCUYCAGGUUUUAUAGAAACUGGAUACCCACUGAAACGGGGCUGAAGAAAUAUUUACAAAAUGUAAUUCCAUUUAAAAAUCAGCAAACACCUCAAAUAUAGGAAUGCACCAGGCAUUUCAAAAUCAUGAAAUAACUAAUCCCUACACACUCAGCAGGCAGAGGGAAGUUUCUCUUUUAAAGUUCUUUCAAUACCAGAUAAAGACAAAGCUAUUUUUCAAGUUCAUUUCAGGUGUGUUUGCAUGGUAAGUCUCAACCUUCUGAAUCACUAACAUGCACAGAACUGGAAUAGCAACAAGUUGGGUGAGGCUGCUGACAUGUUUUAUUUAUCAGURUGGUUUAGCUUCCCAAGCCCUGAUUAAAGUUUACACAACCCAGUCUGCCCUAUUGUGCCAGAAUUCCAGGGGUUGCUGCAGUGCUCCUAAAGCCACUUGAAGUUUUUCACAUUUUUUACAGGGAAUCAACAACAUGCAGCCAAAGCAAAUAUUAAUUUACUGAAGUUACAUCAUUGUAUUACUUGUCAAAUUUAUUCUUUCUUACUUUUUGUGGAAAAGUGCCAAAGAGCAUCAACCUUUAGGAUGUCACCUCCAUCAAGGAGGCAACAGUGGCACUGCAGGUCUCCACCAACAUCCAGCUGUGGUGCCUGAGCCUCCUUAGUGACUAUUUUAAAACAUAUUAAUGGAAACUCUUUUUGCAAGCUCACUUUUAUCCUUGGCCUUCACGGAGGGAGGCACCAGCUGUGCACUGACCUCCAUCCCAYGGCCUUCCUAACAGUUGUGUCUUUUCCUCUGUGCAUUUUUUUUUWACCUGGUGCUUCUGGGCAGUCCCAACGCUGGUGCUUGGGUCCAGCCACACAGCCCUUGGCCAUCCCUCUCUAGAACAGGGUGACAAGUUUCACCACCAGAGAGGACAAAAGCUAUGCCAGGAAGGUGGUAAUAUCUGAAAUAAAAGAACUGCAGAUAAUCACUGCUMUAUCUCCUCUGUACAUCACUUGUGCUGUGCCAGAAACUAAUGGCCUUACACCAUUCAAAUACCUUACCGUCCCUAAUUCUUAUAGGAUUAUUUGAUAUGCUAACAACAGCUAAACUGUUAACCCUUUAUGGGAAACUUUUGUACUUUUCUCAUUUAAAGAAUCUCUUACAAAUCAAUAUUGAUUUUAAUGAGCUAUUCUAUGUGAUUUCAACUGUAAACAGAGCAUUUGGCACUCAGUGAUAAAACCCUUCAUCUUUACAUGCAUCUUUCCUGGUCUGCACUACCUUGUUCAUUCUGUACCACAAAGACUAUUUGGAAAGGAAGUUGGGUGUGCAGAAUCCCUUGCUGUUCUUUCCAAAAAUGACUUUGCAAAAAGCUGCCAGAGGAUGGAAACAUCCUGGCUAGGUAGCGGAGGACAACACAAGCCUUCUACAGGCUGACCAGGYUUCACCCACAAAGCAGAUCUACCUCAUGAAUCAAAGACAUUUGUCCUUUGAGCCUAAUCCYAUAAUCAGCACAGAUACCCUGAUUAUUACCUAGCAACAACACUACAAGCCUGUCAACAACCCUAUGURCCAAAACAGUUCUUUAUAAACACAAUUAGAACGCUCCUUCAUUAGGUAUUGCACUUAAACAGUAUUCAUGAUCACAAUUCUAUGAAAGCACAAUUGUGCKCAAGUUACAAUUACUUCUAGAUGGAAAAAAUAUUUUUAAAUCUCAUUUUUCUACCUGCUUCCUGCACAGAGUAGUUUGGGUAAUUCARCAGRAAUACAUGCUGGAAGUUUAAAAAAWUUUAACUUGAAAUCUGCUCAUAACACUGGCUCCCAGAACUGUGCUUCAGAAAAGUUAAAUCCAUGGCUACAAAAGCUGGACUAUGAGCUUACUACAMACCUGCAAUUACCAGCAUAUUCACUUCGUUGAACUUCGCUCUUUUCCUUCCACUUUGCUGUAAGAGAUCAGUAAAUACUAUGCAACCUUGAAGUGAAUGAGCAGAUGUGUGAGAGUUUUAAUGCAGAGGUUUACACAAACCUAAGCAGCAGCUUAGGAUGGGGCCUUGAGCACAUGUGAAAGUGCCGACCAUGAGAUCCAGGAAAUAAGGCAGGACACAAAAUGCCCCAGCCCACAGAGCUAACACUAUAGAGAGCAAAGUGCCACACUCAGAAAUUGAAUAGG